AUGGCGACUCUGGCUGUCGCAACUGCGACUCAGGCCUAUUCAACCUAUGACAAGAAGAUCCUGUCCGACUCUCCCGUCCUCUACCUCUGCAUGGAUCCCGCCAGCUCCUCCACUGUUGAUGGCAACUCCACCGAGAAAGACCUGUCGGGUUCGGGUACGGAAGCACUCUACAACUGCGACUGUGGGACAAUGAUGUCAGCACACCUUCCCAACGGCGACAAAGCCGUCAACUUCACCGGCACGCAAUAUCUCGAAGUUGCAUCCUCCCCCAACUACUCCAUCCCCACCACCGGCGGUCUCACCCUCGAAGCCUGGAUCGCGCCCUCGACGUUGCAGUUCGCUGACGAUGAGUCGACUGGUUAUGUCCACUGGCUGUCAAAGGGCACGACGCAAGCUCCGGAAUGGGUGUUGAGGAUCUACUCGUACAACAACACCGAGAACCGUCCAAACCGAAUCUCGGCAUACGCGUUUAAUCAAACUGGUGGGUUUGGAUCGGGCUCGUACUUCCAGGAUGCGGUGACGGUGAACCAAUGGAUCCACGUUGUCGGCUCCUACAACCAGACCGCGUCGACAAAAUAUCCCCGCGGGUACGUCAAGAUUUACAAAAAUGGAAUCCUCCGCGGUACCACCGGUUUGGAUCAAUACAACACAGUCCCCUGGUCCGGCACGGACCCCCUCCGCGUCGGUACCCGCGACUUCCGCUCAUUCUUCGAGGGAGCGAUUGGCAAAGUAGCUGUGUACCCUCGAGAACUGGACGCAUCGACGAUUAUGGGGCACUAUGAGGCGAUGACGAGUAACGGAACAGCGUACAUGUAUUCGUAUUGA